AUGCAGGACACAACGUUGCUCUCGACUCCUGAAGCUUUCGAGGACGUACUCAAGAACCAGUUCGAGAACUUUCCUAAAAGACAACAAAAGAGUGAAUACGUGCGCGAACUCCCUGGUGAAGGCAUAUUUAUUGUCGAUCACGAGAAAUGGGAUGUCCAACGCAAGACCGCAAGUAAUUUAUUCACCAUGCGAGCGUUGCAGGAUUCCAUGACGAGCACAAUUCAGCGACAUUUGGUAGUCCUCGAACGUAUUUUCAGUCGGGCAGCGGAGACGGACGACUCGGUGGACUUAUGUUGCCUGCUAAACCGCUUCACCAUGGAGGCGCUCACCGAAAUAGCCUGUGGGAUAAAAACGAAUGUUUUGGAUUGUGAUGAGGAACACCCGUUCCAGGCAGCGUUCGAUCGCUGUAACGGGGCACCCUGA